AUGGCGAUGCCAAAGGGGGGAUUUUUAACUGUUCUGUUUUUCCUACUAUGUAUUGCCCACUGGGAUGGGGGAUUUCCUCCCCCGGACAGGGACUGCCGACAGAGUUGUCCAAAGUUGUGUCCAACCGAUGGGGAAAGCUACACGUGGGGUAUAUGGCCACGUAGUUCUGUCCCCAUGAUGAAUGUUAAAGGAAGAAGUAUUGCGAGUGGCUUUUACGCAACAGGGAAGGUCAUAUAUGGGUUGAAGGAGGAAAGAAACUUUAGUGUGUAUGGAGAUUUCUGUUACAGUAGAAGUCGACAUACAAUGGGAAGAAAUGGAGUGCUUAUUGUGACAAGUUCGUAUAUCCCCAAUACUAAAUUGUUAAUCCUGAAGAAGGUGGAGGAAGACAUUAACAACUACAUGAAUGGGAAGAACGGAAACAGAUGUGCAGACUUAGAGAGGAAAGCCUUGUUUGUGCACCCCUUUGAUAAUACCCCCGAGGGGAAUUUACCGAAUUCGUAUUCCCUUUAUGAAGAGGAUAUCGGUGACAAUUUGAAGGAUACCCCAUUGAAUUUUGUCCUACUCGCUUGUGGACGCCACGUGAAGAAUGCCUACAAAAUUGAGUUCCGAAAUAAUGCGCACUUUUUGAGGAAUCACUUUUCUUGCGAGGAUCAGGGGCUCAUCGAGAUCCACUUUCUCCUGGUGGUCAUCUUAGUUGUCCUCUCCCUUGCGUACAAAUCGAGGCAAGAUUCAUUGAGGGGAGCGCACAGUGCCAUGAAGGAAGGUAUCCACAUGUCAGUGAUGUUUUUUGUCCUCUCUAACCUAUGCUACCUCAUACAUAUAUUCUUUUACGCAUUCGACGGGACAGGGUUAACCUCAUUAAAGGUGCUCAGUCAGAUGGGUGAAUCCAUAUACGACUGCUUCGUCAUGACCAUCAUUUUUUACAUUAUGUGUUGCACAAUGGAUAGAGAGAAACGAAGGAAAGAUACCUUCCGAACUGCGCUCAAUUAUGGUGUCCUAAAAUUUUUAUACCUUCUGGUGGAAAUGCAAAACCAGGAAGACUUGAAUCUCUACGCAUCUUUGCAUUCAGUUGUAGCUCUACCUUUUGUGCUUUACCGCGUGAUCAUAGCAGCAACGAUUUACAGAAACUACAAGCGACUGCUGAUGGAGAAGACUUCAAGGGAGGAAACCUUCUUCAUCUCGCUUCACAUGUUUUUAUACAACCUCUGGAUUUUGUCCAUCCCGGCAUAUUACCUGCUGAUGAGCAGAGCUUCGAUCCAUUUCACCCACCUGUACGUGCACUUUUUGAAUCUUCUUAUUUUGAUAUAUUUGGUGCAUAUCAUUUCGGAGAAGAAGUACGAAGUCAUGGAAUCCAGGCAUCCCUACUUGGAUAUGGAGUGA